CACUAAUAUGCAGCACUGAAUAGGCGGCACUGAUAGGUGACACUGAUUAUGGGUACUGAUAGACGGCACUGACUGGCAUCAUGAUGGGCACUGACUGGUGGCAUGGCACAGGUGGGUGAACUGCUGGGCACAGGUGGGGGCACUGCUGGGCACAGGUGGGGGCACUGCUGGGCACGGGUGGGCGGAACUUGCGGGUGUCACUGCUGGGCACCGAUCAUCAGGGCACUGGUGAUCAGUGACCCUGAUGAUCGGUGCCGAUCCCCGCUCUGACAACUGCCGGUUCUCGGCAGUACUUUCCUCACGAUCUGACAGCGUGAGGAAAGUGCAGCCGAGAACCGGCACUUGCAU